GCGCUGCGACGGGGGGGGGUGGAGUGCCGCCCGGCGAGCGAGCGCGGCGAGCGAGGUUGGCCGCGGAUAGCCGGCAGUCGGAUGGAGGAGGACCCGGGUGAACGGACGCCGGCCCUCGGCGGCUCCGCUGGUCCCUCCGUCAGGGCCCAUUCCUCCUCGCCUAGACGAGUGCCCAUAUUUGAGAGGGCAUCGGCCCGAUGGUGGAAUCCACAGUUCCGGUCGCCGUCCCUUGAGGCGCAAUACUGGAAAUGCUCAUUUCCACAACUCAGGGAUCGCUUCCGCUCGGGGCUUGUGUACAUCACAUUCGUUUGCGUGGCGUGGACGAUUUAUCUGGCAAUUUUCGACAAGGCGGGCCUUCAGCAUUGGCUCACAGCUGUGGCCCUGGUCAUCGUCUGCCUAGCCAUGCUAUCGUUUACCCUUUGCUCUGCACAAUAUCAAAGAUUUUACAUGCCAACGUCAUUUUUAUGUACUUUCCUCAUAUGUCUCGUCACACUAUUGAUAUUCUCGUCAGACUCAAAGUCUGCUUUUAUGACACCAGUUGCCAGCCUCGCUACCAGCUUCCAGGUGGUGUUGCUGAUCUACACUGUAAUUCCACUACCUUUGUAUCUAUGUAUUCUUAUUGGCGUUAUUUAUUCGUGCCUAUUCGAAACUCUAUCAAGAAAUAGAUUUGCUUAUGGAGAUACAUCGAAUAUUCAACUGGUGCUACAUAUUGGCGUUCACCUACUAGGGGUGCAUCUGUUUAUCCUGACACAGGUGCGGCAGCGGAAGACCUUCUUGAAAGUCGGGCAAUCGUUACUGGCUAGGAAAGAUUUGGAAUUGGAAACACAGUUCAAAGAUCAUAUGAUUCAAUCUGUCAUGCCAAAAAAGGUCGCAGAUGAACUUCUGAAAGAUGCCUCUGAGUUGCGUCGACCAUCAGCAAGUCUUGACUCGAACUGCCGCACCUCAAACGCAACGCAGCCUCCACCACAAAACGAAGAACAGCCCCUCAAAGCGAUGAAUUCUGUGCCGGAUGUGCGAAAAUUCCGUCCAUUUACGAUGAAUCUGAUGACGGAUGUUUCCAUCUUAUUCGCAGACAUUGCUGGCUUCACAAAAAUGUCAUCAAAUAAAUCUGCUGAUGAACUCGUCAACUUGCUCAACGAUCUCUUUGGAAGAUUUGAUUUUCUAUGCAAAGCAGGAGGAUUAGAGAAAAUUAGCACCUUAGGGGACUGUUAUUACUGCGUUGCCGGAUGUCCAGAACCCUGCGCCGACCAUGCGAUUCGAACUGUUGAGAUGGGCUUAAAUAUGAUCGUUGCCAUUCGACAGUUUGACAUCGACCGAGGUCAGGAAGUAAACAUGAGAGUGGGGAUCCACACCGGGAAGGUAAUGUGCGGUAUGGUUGGCACAAAGCGCUUCAAAUUCGAUGUGUUUUCCAAUGACGUCACUUUGGCGAACGAAAUGGAGUCAACAGGCAUUGCUGGGAGAGUGCAUGUCUCCGAAGCAACGGCUAAGUACCUCCGUGAUGAUUACAUACUCGAAGAUGGACCUGAUUAUGACGGACCAUAUCGAAUGCAAGUGCAAGGAACGGAAAGGCGAGUGAAACCUGCAAGCAUGAAGACGUAUUUUAUCAAGGGUCGACUUCGAGAAUCUGUCGAUGAGGCGCUCGAUUCGAGCUCAGACAAAGAUAGCUCAGCUCAGAAAGCUCCACCAACAUCAGCUCGUAAAGGUUUCAAGCAGAAAAUCACGGGUAAACUAAAAAUGAACUCGUAUCCUAUCCGGACUACUGGUGGUGGAUCGUUACGAAUGAAAUUAGCGGAAAGAAAUCGCUCGACUCAGCUGCUUCCAAAAGAGUCAAAUUCAAUUUGCAUUAUGGAAGAUAACAAAAAAUCCGCGUCGAUGCAAGCUCUGGCCACGACAACACUACACAGCUUUGCAGGCAGUAAUCCGGAAACUACGAACUCUUUCCAAGAAAAGCUCAUUCAACGGAAUGGAAGUGGAAGUAACAGCAUCAAAGGCUCGCGAAGUUCUGGGUUACAGCUUUCUCUCCAAGACGGGUCUGAUUUGUGUUCUGUCGGAGGUCUGGACACUGCCAUCUCACACCAUCAUAAUGCUGCUUCCCUGACGAGGUUUGACACCGACAACAAAGACUUCGAUCAACGUUUAGCGACGGUCAUAGGACAAGGAGAAGGUGGAUUCGAAAAAGGUUUCUGGGAACACCAUGACAGUCUGAAUCGCUGGACUUUGAAAUUCAAUGAGAAGGUUGUCGAGGACGAGUAUCGAGCUCAUUUCGCGGACUCAGCUGACCGUCAGUCUACAACCAAGACUCCUGUGGGUCUUCAUCAGGACUUCAAUCGACGGCAACAGUACGAUCAUACUACUCAGUACAGAUAUUCGGGAGUUUUUAUCGAUAUCCUUGUAGCAGCGAUUUUACUCAUCGUUGUCUCAGUAGCCGUUUUUAUGUCGCCAACGAGAGUUCCACUUUCAUUCAUAGUCUACUUCUGCCUUGCCCUUACCAUCGUAAUUACCGCGCUUGCCCUCAUAGGAUUUCCUCUUCUCAGCAGAAAAUCCAUCCUGCCAUGUGUGAAUCUGUGGCAACCGCGUCAUAUCAUAGGUGCCGUACUGAUCGCCUUGCCCUUCGGAGUAGCAGUCUGCGUAAUGCCCUUGUGCAUCGCCGAAGGUUCCUGUGCGAAGAUUCCACUUCUGCCUGGACGAUUGCUUUUUUCCUACAUCAUCAUAGUAGCCCUAUUCGCCCACUGCAAUUUUUCACAGUUGGGCGCUUGGCCAAAGACCAUCCAGUGCAUCAUCGUUGGGAUCAUUCAUAUCUCAGCUGUUUGUUACUGCAUGACGAAUAUCGAUCGGCAUGAUGCAGAAUCACCAUGUGGGAACGAGACCUCUGCGGUACCUUCGGGCACUUCUUUCGCUUCAUCGUUUUUCAUCUGGGAGAUGCUUUUGGAUGUUGCCCUGUCCAUCAUUCUCGUCGGCUUCCUCAAUUACCAGUUUGAAGCAGCCUUUCGGAUGUCUUUCUAUGGAGACGUACAAGCAAGAAGGGAUACCCAACGGAUGCAGAUAGUUCGAGAUCAAGCUGACUGGUUGCUGAAUAACGUCAUCCCAGCACACGCUGUCGAAAGUCUCAAGACCGACACUAAAUACAGUGAAAAUCACGAGUCGACAGCUGUGAUGUUCGCAAGCAUUACGAACUGGAAUGAUAUGUAUGAGGAAAAUUACGAGGGCGGCAGGGAAUUUUUGCGAGUACUGAAUGAGGUAAUUGGUGACUUCGAUGAAUUGCUGGAUCGGCCUGAGUUCUGCCAUAUCGAAAAGAUUAAAACCAUUGGAGCAGCAUACAUGGCUGCUAGUGGUUUGAAUCCCGAAAGAAAGAGAAAUAUGGAACAUCCGAAAGAACACCUCUACCAGAUGGUCGAAUUCGCCCUUGCCAUCCAGCACGUGCUUUCGGUAUUCAAUGAAGAUCUACUGAACUUCGACUUUGUCUGCAAACUCGGCCUAAACAUCGGUCCCGUCACUGCUGGAGUUAUAGGAACAACGAAGCUGUACUAUGACAUCUGGGGAGAUACAGUCAACAUCGCCUCUCGGAUGUACAGCACUGGUGUGCUCAAUAGAAUUCAGGUGUCGGCGCAUACUCGAGACAUACUGCUGGAUCGGUACGAGUUCGAGUAUCGAGAUCACAUAGAAGUGAAAGGCAUUGACGGUGGCAUGGAUACCUACUUGUUGAUCGGCAGGAAAAGCGACAAAAUCCCACCGGCCAUUGCAGAUCAGCCAAACAAAGAGUAGCCAUUCGUUUGACCCUUUUUUAUUGCUACAUUGUUUGUCUCUGUGUCUUGCCAACCAUUGACGAACUCUGAUGUUCUAUUAACACUUUGCGGGUAAUAUUAGUUUAGACGGUGAAUUCGAAGGAGUCCGUGGCAAAAAUCGCUCCUCGCAAAGAUUCCAAUCAAAGUUAUAUAGUCUUCAUAAUCUCAAGCUUCUACCUAAGUAUCUCAAUCUCUAGUCACACACACUGGGCAUUAUGCUUUAGAUCGGCGUUUCACGCUGUUCUCCUCCUCCUGGUCUUGCAUUUCUAUGUUAUUCAUAUGGUUGUUAUGUGCAUUUCAGUUUCAAAUGAAUCUCUGCAAGAGUAAUCUUAAGUCGCUAUC